GUUCAUUCCAGGCACACCCUCUCUAAUGAGGAUGGUAUCUUCCAUCAUUAGAGAACUUUAGCAGUUUUGCCUAUAUAGGACCGCAUCAGGGAAGGAGGAGGCUAAAUUAAUAUAUAAUUAUCAUUCUACCAUCCCGGAGUGAAGAAGGUUGUCGUCUCAUUCCAGGACUCUCAGGGCGUGCCCGGUAGACAGAGCAGCAGGCCGGGCCCAUGGAGCCGUGCGCCUGCGUAGAGAGGGAGCUGGACAAAGUGCUGCAGAAGUUCCUGUGCUACGGCCAGCAUUGCGAGCGAGGCCUGGAGGAGCUGCUGCGCUACGUCAGCCAGCUGAGGGAGGAGCUCGGCACGGCAGCCUUGCAACGGACACCACUGUCUGCUACGCUCUCCCUGGUUAUGUCCCAGUGCUGUAAGAAGAUCAAGGACACUGUGCAGAAUCUAGCUUCAGACCACAAAGACAUUCACAGCAGCAUCUCCCGGGUGGGCAAAGCAAUUGAUAGAACUUUUGAUGCUGACUUGUGUGGAAUUGUACCUGCUAUGGUUUGGGAGUCCCAAGAGAAGCAGAUCCUGGUGCUGGCGAUCAUAGAGCACCUCUACCAACAAGGGAUGCUGGGAGUAGCUGAGGAACUGUGUCAGGAAUCCACUGUGAAUGUGGAUAUAGACUUCAAAAAGCCUUUCCUGGAACUUAACAGCAUACUGGAAGCUCUGCACAAACAGGACCUGGAGCCUGCUCUGAGUUGGGCGAUCUUCCACAGACAGCAGUUGGCAGAAUUGAACAGCUCUCUGGAGUUCCGGCUGCAUCGGCUCCACUUCAUCAGGCUUCUUGCUGGUGGCCCUGGCAAGGAGCUGGAGGCCCUGAGCUAUGCCCGCCACUUCCAGCCCUUUGCUCACCUACACCAGCAAGAGAUUCAGGUGAUGAUGGGCAGCCUGGUGUACCUGCGCUUGGGCCUUAGGAACUCCCCAUAUCGGCACCUGCUGGAUGAUAGUCACUGGACUGAGAUUUGUGAGACUUUCACUCGUGAUGCCUGUUCCCUGCUGGGACUCUCAGUGGAGUCACCUCUGAGCGUCAGCUUUGCUGCAGGGUGUGUAGCACUGCCGGUGCUAAUGAAUAUCAAGGCUGUGAUUGAGCAGAGACAGUGCACAGGCGUCUGGAGCCACAAGGAUGAGCUGCCUAUAGAAAUUGAGCUAGGGAUGAAAUGCUGGUACCACUCAGUCUUUGCAUGCCCCAUCCUGCGGCAGCAGACAACUGAUUCUAACCCACCUAUCAAGCUAAUCUGUGGGCAUGUUAUUUCUCGAGAUGCCCUCAACAAGCUCAUCAAUGGAGGAAAGUUGAAGUGUCCAUAUUGCCCCAUGGAGCAGAACCCAGCUGAUGGAAAGCGCCUCAUCUUUUGAUAAUGGCAGGCCUUUGAGAUGCCCUUGUGAAAAUGGGUAGUUGGGACAAUAUGCAGUGGGAGGUGUCAUGUAUUGGCAGAAGUACAUAAUGUCCUGCUUGAAAGCAGUAUUAGCUACUGUAACCAUGGGAGGGAACUGUGGCUCAUUGGGCCAGAGGAAAGCAAGACACAAGCUUCUGUACUCCUGCCAGCAUACAAUUUUAUCAAUCCUUCCUGGGAGCUUUAGUGGGCAGUGCCCUUUUUACCCUCUCCCCAAGCACAGUUCUAUUUCUUGUUGAGAUAGGGAUUGUGCUACAAACAGUAAACAAGGAGCUGCUGCCAUUUUUAAAUACUUAGAUUUAUUUCAAAGUCUGUUUCUGCUUCCUACCUCUUCCACUGCCUUGGGAAGAAAUUUCAGAAAGGUGGAUUACAUCUAACUUAAGUUAGGAAAUUUAUGUUUGGAACUCUGAUUACUGCUGUUUUGAAAGCUUUAAAGUAGGCAGGAAAGGAAAUGGAGACAAAUAGCAGGUCUGUAGAUGUUACCAAAGGUGGUGUUUGGACCAACCUCCACACCCAGUAUGGCUGCUCAGAAAAUGAGGUGGGAGGAAAUUGUAAGAUUUGCUUCCCGAGAGAACGCCUCCUUCCAUUUGGAGAACUGUAAGAACACUGUAUUGAAGAAGCUUGUACCUAAUGAGAAUACAUAUUAGAAGCCUACUGCUGUAUUGUAAGUAAGUGUAGGAAGAAACAACCAAGCUGUCAUUAAAUGAAAAAGCUAUAAUUACUGGUGCAGGAUGAGAAAGCUGGUACAAUGGUAGACAAAACUGGGAUACCACAAAGCAGGUAUGUAGUUUAUUAUAUAGAAAAAAAUACAAUGCAACUGUUUCCUUUCCUUAUGUUACUGAGAAUUCUUGGCCUAGUGAUAGAAGGGCUCUGUAAUACAGAUGUAUGUGGUACAGAUUCUACUGCAGAGAUAGCAGUAGCACAUCCUUGGAGAUAGAUGAGGAAGUAAAUACUACUGCCAGUUGAUAAAAGCCUGAGUUUGGUGUUCUCAUGAGCUAAGCUUCAAGAGUUGAGCCAGCUUCCUUUAGGGAAAGUAAUGACAGCUGUUUACCAACAACUGUGAAGAAACACAAUGGACUUGAAAGCUAGGGAUACAAGAGCAUGUCCCUACAACUUGCAUUUUAACUCAUUUGAAUUAGAAAUAAAGGGUGCCAUCUUUUGGAGUAAAGAUCUGCAUUGGCCUGGAACGAGAGCCCCUUAAAAGAUAUAUAACUAAUGCCACUGUAGCCCAUUGACAUCAACUAGGGGCUUUCUCACUGCAUGUGAUAGUUUUUUCCUCCUCUGGAGCACAGCAGCCGCUAUGUCCAGGGAUGGAGAUGGAUGGCAUGGAAAUACAUCAAAUAAAUUUCUUUUCAGAUGACUCAA